GAAAAUACUCUUUCAACAAUGGUCAGCCUGGUUCACGAUUCGAAAAUUCAAAUCAAAUUUCAAAAUUCAGUUUCAUAUUUUGUAGUAUCAAGAAAAAUUUCAAGAAGAAUGGCUCGAUCAAAAUCAAAAGAACGUGAUGCGAAAACCAAUCGUCGUAAACCAUCUUCCAAAAAUAAGUCUGGAGCACUUUCCGGAAAAGAUAUUAAAAAGUCAUCAGCUGUAUCAGAUGGCCAGACCCCUGUUGAAUUGACGGAUCAGCUCACAAAAUCCAAGAAUCGGGCUCACAUGUACGAAGCCAUCAAAGGCACGAGUGUUUCAAUUGUUCCUGAAUUUUUGAAGUAUUUGCCUGAAAAUGUAUGGUUGCCGGUUCCAAUGAAAGAUGCUCGACGCUGUAAAUUUGGAACAGAUGAGGAAUAUUUUCCAGCUCAAUAUGUCAAUAUGGAAGCUUCUGAAUACAUUAUUGCGCAGGCUCCAACACAGAAAAAUUAUGGUUUAAUUUGGAGAACAGUUCGCAAGGUUUGUCUAGUGCUUAAAAACUCAUUAUCUGAUCCUAUUUGCUAA